AUGAACAUUCCAUUGAUGGAUCCACAUUUAUUGUUCAUGACAGAAAAUGAUUUAAGAAAUCCUCCACUAAGUAUAAAGAGAUUAGUUAUUGCAAAACUUGGAUAUGAUCCCUAUUGUAUUAUUAAUAAUGUUCCUUCCGAUGUUCGUCCUGAAAAAGGUCCUUACUACUAUCCUACAGAACAUGUAACUGCAGAUAUUUAUCCAUUGGGAAUGGCAAUUGAUGAUAGGACAGGAAGUUCUAGAAAAUCAGAGAAGCUUAAACCAGAAGUAUGGAAAACUGUAAUAAGUCUUUUAUACCUAUUUAUAGUGACAUGGAUAACUGCUUUCGUCAUGGUUAUAGUUCAUAAUAGAGUACCAGAUAUGAAAAAGUACCCUCCUUUACCAGAUAUUUUUUUAGAUAAUGUUCCUCAUAUACCGUGGGCUUUUGCCAUGUGUGAAUUUACGGGUACUCUUUUGUUAAUAAUCUGGGUAGCAGUACUUAUUUUUCACAAACACAGGUUUAUACUGCUUCGCAGAUUUUUCGCACUGAGUGGUACUGUCUUCCUUUUACGUUGUGUCACCAUGUUAAUAACAUCAUUAUCUGUACCAGGAACGCAUUUGCAGUGUAAUCCUAUGGUAGAAGAACUUCAGUUAGAUAAUGGUUCAUAUGAUAGUGUUUGGAUUAAAGCUAGACACGCUUAUUUUAUAUGGAGAGGUGCUGGAAUGUCAAUUCAAGGGGUUAGAACAUGCGGAGAUUACAUGUUUAGUGGUCAUACUGCUGCUUUAACCAUAUUAAAUUUUUUUAUAACAGAAUACACUCCGCGAAAUUUGUAUUUCAUGCAUACAUUUUCUUGGAUUUUAAACAUGUUUGGUAUAUUUUUCAUAUUGUCCGCUCACGAGCAUUAUUCUAUUGAUGUUUUUAUAGCUUUUUAUAUAACAUCAAGGCUAUUUUUAUAUUAUCAUACAUUGGCCAAUAAUCAAGCUUUGAUGCAAAGAGAUUCUAACAGAACGAGGAUUUGGUUUCCACUGUUUAGUUUUUUCGAAUCCGAGGUUGAUGGAAUUGUGCCAAAUGAAUUUGAUACUUUGGGGACGUUAGCUCAAAAUUUAAUUCGAUGGGCUAAAACGCACUGGAGAGUUUGGUACGGGUUAUCAAUGAGAAGAGAAAUAAGUCCACUGCCAGAAAAAUCACACAAUUCAGAUAAUAUGCAAAAACAAUAUUUUAGAUUUAGGCACAAGAAAGAAUCUUAG